GUGAUCGCCAUCUUCAUAUUCUGUUUCGUUGUACCCAUGGGCGUCAUGAUAUACAGCUACUACCACGUGUUUAUGACCGUAAGGUCGGUGAACAAGAACAUGGUAUGGGACAUGAAGAGCCGAAUGGCCCGGAAAAACCUGAAGCUAGAGAAGCGCAUGCUCAAGACCUGUGUCAUCAUGUGUGCUGUUUACUGGGCUGUGUGGACGCCCUACACUGUCGUCUCUCUGAUCCAAGCGUUCGGCGACCCCGACUCCAUACCGCUCUUCUUCACGGAAUUGCCGGCCGCUGCCGCCAAGUCCCAGAUCGUCUGGAAUCCUAUCAUCUACGUUGGUACCAACAAACAGUUCCGCAAGGCGUUCUAUGCGGCGCUUCCAUGCGAGAGUAUCCGGAACAAACUUGUAAAGCGGGAAGAAGAAAAAGAACAGUCCUCUAAGGAGUCGGAUCUCGAUGACAAGACGGCCCCCGCAGCCUCCAACGCGCAGACGAAAAAUGCAAAUCAGACUACCGAAACAACAGUAGUGACGGCCCCAAACACCAACAAGGUUGCCCCUGCGCCUGAACAGGGGCCAGCAAAGGUGGAGUGCUAG